AUGGGUGCACAGUAUUCUUCAGUAUCGGAUCUUAAAUCCAAUGAAUAUCUUUCUCGUUUUGCCAGUGAAGAAUCAAUAACAUCGACAGAUCCAUUUUGGAAUCAGUUUCUGUCAUUUCGUCUCCAAUCUCCAUUUACAACUUCACAAUCAAAACUAUUGGACGAACAAUGUGCGACGUAUCUUCAACAACUUGAAUCAAACAAUCCUCGAGCAAAUAACUAUGGAACAUUAAUCGAAGUAUUCAUUCGUUUAGCAACCACAUUACGAGACGAAUGCGAAGAUAAUAGUCUCGUUUGGCAAACCUACAGUGCUUUGUUUGUCCUUCGUUCUAUCACAAAAUAUUUCAUUGAAAUCGAUUCCGAACCUAAUCUUUCUCUGUAUUUUACUCCACAAGAAAACCUCCUUGAACGGACAUCAUUGAUGGGUGUAUUUAUUGAUACGUUAUUCCGAACAACGAUCAUUCUUCCAGUGACAUCCUAUUCAUACGCUUUACAUUUGGAAGUGUUGAAUACAUUACUUUCACUCUUAGCGAUUCAAAUGUGCGCCAAAGAAGCUGCAUUUAUUAGUGCUAUUUACACGAUUUUCAUGCAUAGACUAGAUCCACUAUUAAUAUCAGAAUUCACGCGAACGUUAUUGGAACAUUUUAUGAAACAAACGGAAUGUCCGGCGUUUUUAGCAACAGACUCAGCUACAAAAUCAACUACAGAUAGUGGAAGUUUGUACAAAAUUGGUCAAAGUGUUGCAAGUAGUUUUUGGUCGGUCAUGACACUUGGAAUGAGCACAUCAACAACAAAUGUAGCCGAAGAAGUAGCACCAUCCAUUGAAUCGACCAAUAUUCUGCGUAAUCGACAUCUAUCGAACCAGAGCAUUCAUCUACUUUUAAUUCUGAGCAAUCAUUUUACAAGUGAUGCUCAUCGAAAUCCUUAUCGACUAGCUUUAUUACAUUUUACGGACACACAAGAUACACCAACAAAUCUACCCGAUUCUGAACCAUUACCGUGGUUUUCAGUUGAUUAUCGAUGUUUAUAUGAUGUUCUUUGCCAAACAGUACAUACCGAACAGAGUACAUUAUUAUUAUACAUGUUACUUCAUCGUAAUCAACAUUUUCGAGCUUAUGUCAUAUCACGGUCAAAUAUCGAUCAAAUAGUUUUACCAAUUCUUCGAGUGAUUUACACGACUACAGAUGGCAAUUCCCAUCACAUUUACAUGUCACUAAUUAUCCUAUUGAUCCUGUCUGAAGAUGAUUAUUUCAAUAGAACGAUCCAUGAUAUAAAAUUAAAGAAAGUCGCUUGGUAUACUGAACGUUCCAUCAAUGAAAUAAGCCUUGGCGGUCUGUUAAUUGCCAUUGUUCUUCGCACAAUUCAAUACAACAUGGCACGUAUGCGAGACAAAUACCUUCAUACAAACUGUCUCGCUGCUCUUGCAAACAUGUCAUCCCAAUUUCAGAAUUUACAUACAUACGUCACUCAACGAAUCAUCUCUUUGUUCAAUUUACUGGCUCGUAAACAUUCCAAAAUCUUAGAACUUAUUCAACAACAAUCCAAACAAGAACAUACAGCAUCAGCGACGGCUUUAACCAAUCAUCCUCAAACAUUAGCAUCGAAUGACGACAUUCUCAAUGACUACAUACAAGAUUUAAGUAUCAUCGAAGAUGUUAUGAGAAUGGUCUUAGAAAUCAUCAAUUCAUGUUUGAUACAUACACUUCGUUUGAAUAGUAACUUGAUCUACGCAUUACUUUACAAUCGAGAUAUAUUUGAUAACUAUCGGACGCAUCCAAAUUUCCAAGAUAUUUUACAGAACAUUGAUACAGUUAUUGUCUAUUUUGCGGAAAAAGUCGAUCAAUCAGCACAACGAUCAGCUGAAUAUGUUAAAGAGAUCAUUGAAUCGAAUGCAAAACAGUUUCCACCAGAUCGAUUGAAAAAAUUUCCUGAUUUGAAAUUUAAAUACGUUGAGGAAGAACAACCGGAAGAUUUCUUUGUCCCUUAUAUUUGGACAUUAGUUUACAAAUCAUGUAACCUUCAUUGGUCAGCGGAAUCGGUUUUUAUUUUCAAGCAACCAACAAAUAAUUCCUAA